CUCAAUUCUCCAGCCCUUCAAUUAAAGCAAUCGUUCUGAGGCAUAUCUCAUUGUGUUCAGCCUUCCAAAACUGUCCCUUGACCAUGCGUGUAGCCAAUAUCUUGUGCUUCCUUCUUGCUGGCGCCAGCGCCAUGCCAACUGUAUCAAAUCAGAGGGGGAUCGUUGCCACCCGAGAUGUCAGUCUGCUCGAAGCUCGAGACCUCCUUACUCGUGAUGACCUAGAGGAUGGGGACCCUUCCAAUUGUCCCACAGCCAUCUUGAUCUACGCUCGAGGCAGUACAGAGCCCGGUAACCUGGGAAUUACUGUUGGCCCAAUCCUCGUCGAAGCUAUGCAGCUCGCUGUCCCUGAUAUCUGGGUGCAAGGUGUUGGUGGUCCUUAUACAGCCGAACUUGCGCCAAACUUUCUUCCCGAGGGGACUAACGAUGCCUCCAUUGACGAGGCUAAGAGACUUUUCCAAAUGGCCUAUGAUAAGUGUCCUAAUACACCUGUUGUCACUGCUGGCUACAGUCAGGGCACGGUUGUCGUUGGAUACGCACUCAGUGAACUUGAAGGCGCUGUUCAGAAUCAAGUCGUUGGAGCUGCCUUGUUUGGGUACACCAAGAACGAGCAGCUUGGCGGUCGUAUCCUGAACUAUCCAACCGACAGAACCAAGAUAUUUUGCCUGCCUACUGAUCUCGUUUGUGAUGGCACAUUGUUUAUUCUUCCUGCCCAUUUCCUUUAUGGCCCUGAUGCCGCGGGGCCGGGUUCUGAAUUUCUGGUUGGACAAAUUUAAAUGGAGAAUGGUAUGUGAUGGGCUGUUGGUAGCAAAAGAAAUUGAAGGUAUCUUGGCUCGGGAUCACUUCAAACAACAAAACAUAACGGAGCUAUAGUAGCUUUUCGAGAUUUACAAUCAAUGAACUAUGUUCUCUUAGUGAGAACAGAAUAUGUACAAUGUGUUCGCAUCGGACCUUCACAAACUUGAUCGGAACCGCGUAGGACACCUAUCCAUGACAUAGCCCCCUAUGGUAACCGGUUAGUCCAGGGUCAGCUUGAAGUUCAAGUAUUCAUAAUGAACCAUUUACCGAG